ACGGACGGAGAAGAGAUAAAGGAGCGGGUCUGGGAGUCGGUGCUUCGCUUCGGCUGGGUUUUAUUAAGCAGGAAUCGUUUAAUAAGAAGGUGGAUUUAGAUGUGAAGUGUGUAUGGAGUGUAAACAGCGAAUGUGUGACUUUAAAUCGGGCUGCUGGAUGAUUAGAAUUGGACUGACUGGUCGGUUGGAGUGAAGGAGCCGCCGCCAUGGCUGCUGGAUCUCCGAGUCUCCACCUCAGUCUAUGAAAAAUACAUCCACACACCUUACAUUUAUUAUUUAUUAAGAGCAAACCACCUUUAUUUGUGUAUUUUAGAUGAGGUGUUUUUAGUUUGCAGGACGUUUUUGUUCAUAAAGAGCCGGUGAGACUGUAAAGGCCUGGAUUUAUGACUACAAUUGACUAGAAACGAGCUCCUUCAGUCCAGGAUUUAUUCACCAAACAACCGAAUCCAAACGAAAUGAGAUGAUUUUAAAGAAUUAAAAGUCUUCAUUUAUCUUGGAGAUUGAUUGUGGACAAGAAUGAAGAACAAGGUUUGAAUCUGUAGUAGUACAAACCCUGUAAGAAAAGCCCUGCCUGUGCUUGGAUUGGAUUGGAUUGGAUUGGAUUGACUGGUCUGUCCUGCUUUAUAUUCAGCUUUACGCAUUCAUUCAGCUGGGAUUCGACCCCACACCCUUACCUUGGAUUCCACACGGAUACUCGUUUCCUGACAGCAGCAUUUGAGGAGAUUUUUGGGAAGCAGGAUCAUGUCGGGCCGGCCCAGAACCACGUCGUUCGCCGACAGCUGUAAAACCGUAGCACCUUCAGCCUUCGGCAGCAUGAAAGUCAGCAGAGAUAAAGACGGUGGCAAGGUGAUGACGGUGGUGGCGACUCCGGGUCAGGGUCCCGAUCGGCCCCAGGAGGUCAGCUACACCGACACCAAGGUGAUCGGGAACGGCUCGUUCGGCGUCGUCUACCAGGCCAAGCUGUGCGACUCCGGGGAAAUGGUGGCCAUCAAGAAGGUGCUGCAGGACAAGAGGUUCAAGAACCGUGAGCUGCAGAUCAUGAGGAAGCUGGAUCACUGCAACAUCGUCCGCCUCCGAUAUUUCUUCUACUCCAGUGGAGACAAGAAGGACGAGGUCUAUCUGAACCUGGUCCUGGACUACGUUCCUGAAACUGUGUACAGAGUAGCCAGACACUACAGCAGAGCCAAACAGACCCUCCCCAUAGUUUACGUCAAGUUGUACAUGUAUCAGCUCUUCAGAAGUCUGGCCUACAUCCAUUCAUUCGGAAUCUGUCAUCGGGACAUCAAACCUCAGAACCUGCUGCUGGACCCCGAGACGGCCAUACUUAAACUCUGUGACUUCGGCAGUGCUAAGCAGCUGGUACGUGGAGAGCCGAACGUUUCCUACAUUUGCUCGCGGUACUACAGAGCUCCUGAACUCAUCUUCGGUGCCACCGACUACACCUCCAGCAUAGACGUCUGGUCAGCGGGCUGCGUGCUGGCCGAGUUGUUGCUGGGCCAGCCGAUCUUCCCCGGUGACAGCGGAGUGGAUCAGCUAGUGGAGAUCAUCAAGGUACUGGGCACGCCCACCCGAGAGCAGAUCCGGGAGAUGAACCCCAACUACACAGAGUUCAAGUUUCCCCAGAUAAAGGCCCACCCCUGGACUAAGGUGACUGACUCGUGUCCUUGUGUGCUGAUUGGUGGGGGCGAACUGUCGCCGGUUCCGAUUGGUCCGCAGGUGUUCCGGCCGCGCACGCCCCCCGAAGCCAUCGCCCUGUGCUCUCGUCUGCUGGAGUACACCCCGACCUCCAGGCUCACGCCGCUCGAGGCCUGCGCUCACUCCUUCUUCGAUGAGCUGAGGGAGCCGAACGUCAAACUGCCCAACGGCAGGGAAAAGCCGUCGCUCUUCAACUUCACCACUCAAGAAUUAUCCAGUAAUCCGUCUCUGGCUACUAUUCUGAUUCCUACACACGUGCAUAAUCAGGCAGGAGCCUCCACUCCAACCAACGCUUCCUCCACCACAGAUGCUAACGGUGGCGAGCGCGGCCCGACGACCAACGCAGCGUCCGCCUCAGCCUCCAGCACCUCCUCCUAAGUGUCCCGGCCAAUCAGAUCCAGCUCAGCCCUCGGGGAGCCGCCCCGCCACACCCUCAGCCUCAGCAGAAAGCACGGGAUUCAAACCAUUUACACACAACACUUCCUCACGUCGCAUCCCUACGUCUGCCGUCCCGAAUCGUCCCGGCACGCCCAUCAGGAGAGAGCGAAGGGAGGAACCAGCAGCAUGUGUUCACGUCUCUUAGUAGCCAGAUCCAUCCUCUUCCUUCUGUGUUAGCGAGCCUGCUGUUUAAAAACGCUGCUCUCUCUCUCUCUCUCUCUCUCUCUCUCUCUCAGUCCUUCCACAUUCUCAUUCCUCUCUCAUGGUUCAGCCCCUCAGUGCACGGCUUGAAUUUGGUUGGGAGCAAAACUGAAGGUUCUCAGAUCACACAAACAGGGUGUUUAAAUAAGCAGCAAAGCUGACGGUUUUAUUCAGAACGAGUUUUUAUGUUUUAUUAGCUGUUAAUUUAAAAAGAGGAGUUUUAUAGGGGACCUGGAUGGGUGGGGGGGUGUCAGGGUUUUUUUUUUGGUUUGUCUUUUGUAUUAUUUAUACAUAUAUGAGUACAAACACAAUGUCUAUAUUACUUAUAUUAUGUAUUCUGUUCUAAAUGAGUGAUGCGAUGCUUUUAUUUCUGAAGCGUCGUGGAUUGAAGCCAGUCGUGGAGCAUUAAUUAUGUACAGAGCUGUAAAUGAGAUCAAAUCAGGGCCAGAUUUGAACGAAAUACUGCAAAUUCUGCUCGGUCUUCUCGCAUCUUUGCUUCAGACGUUUAGGAAAACCUGUAGGACAUCUAACGUUUACUUCUUUGCCUAUUAGAAGUCGCUUACAGUACUGUGACGGAGUUAAGAGCCUUGCUCAAGGGCCCAACAGUGGCAACCUUACAGUACUUACUAGUCCAGUACCUUAACCGCUCUUGACCGUCUCAAGUCCAUGUCGUAGUGGGACUUUAGUGUGUGCACUUUGCGAACGAAUUAACUCUACACUAAUGUCAGAGGAUUCGUUAGACGUUAGCGCGAGAGGUGUUCAGUAGUCGAGGGGACAUUUAAACGGCCAGCGCGGGUGAAGGUUUGGUGAUGGUUUGAUUUUGUUUUUCCUUUUCAGGCGGUUGUUUUUAUAAUCACUACCUGAAGCUCGUUUGUUUCGUUUUAUUUCCUUUUUUAUUGUUUCAUUCCUCUUGAUUUGAUCUUUAGCUGGAAAAAUAAUAAAAUAAAAUAAAAAACGCAUUUUAGAACGU